CAGCUGAUCUUAUACAAACGAAGAGUCAGCUGAUUUUACGUUUGGCUGGUUUGUUUAUUUCCCUUUAUUACAACAAACGUCAUAAGUGUUAUGAAUGUUAUUGAUUAAAAGUGCGAUACUUCAUUGUGAUUGUUUUGUGCAAAAUAAAAGAAAAUAAAGUAACUUGAAAUAAUUCACUCCUAUUCAAGUGAAAUUCCCAGAGAAUAAUGUGAGUUUGAGUUAGUCAGUGUGAACAAUUAAUAUGAUGUUGAUAAUCCAUUUGUCUGUUCUGGUUAAAUGAUUGUGGAAGCAAGUGUUUUAGUGGCAGCAUCAGUACCUUUGUUCCUUCUAACAGUGAUGACCUAUUUCGACUCAGGUUUGCAGCAAAGUUUCCCUAUCAGGUCCUGUGAGCACUGCGACUGUGAAGGUAGUCAAACCGCAAACUUCCGGAGUAUGUUUCGCCCCCGCGGCGCUCUGGCCAGGGCCUUGUACAACAAACAGCUGAUGGACUGUCAAUUGGAACAGAUGGACCAUACUAAGUGGUACCAUAUAGAUGCAAGUCAAGUACCUCCAGAGAUGCGGAGAACGUUCCUGUCCUUGACUCUGGACGAUGAGACAAGACAGUUCCUGGACAACUGCAAUGAGAAGUCCGACGCCUUGCUGACCCAGAUCUGGCACAGCAUCGUCAAAAGUCUCCUCCGUUGGUUUUUGACGCAGACUGACAUAAAUGGGCUGCUCGGGCGCGGCUCCAUGUUCGUCUUCUCCAAGCCGCACAUCCGACAGCUGCUGGGGCGGUCGCUGGCCGAGGAGGGCGAGCUGCUGGACCUCGGCGCAGGAGACGGCCUCAUCACCCAAAACCUCGCCAACUUCUUCACCAAGGUGUACGUCACGGAGGUGUCGCGGCCUAUGCGGUGGGCACUCAAGAAGCGGGGAUUCCAAGUACUUGAAGUUGACGGAUGGAGCGACCGGAAGUACGAUGUGGUGUCUUGUCUGAACCUGUUGGAUCGUUGCGACCGUCCCUACCACAUCCUGAACAGGGUGAGGCAAGCGCUGAAACCCAACGGCAAGGCCAUCUUUGCGCUCGUCCUGCCAUUCCAGCCAUAUGUUGAAAACAGUGGUAAGGGGAAUCAGCCAAUGGAAGUUUUGCCGAUCCAAGGACUGACGCUAGAGCAGCAAGCAGCUAGUGUGGUCAGCAACAUUCUUGAGCCAGCAGGGUUCACGGUGGUCAGGUGGUCCAAGCUGCCGUACCUCUGCGAGGGGGACCUUCACCAAGCCUACUACUGGCUGGACGAUGUGGUGUUCGUGACCAGACUCACGUCUUGACACAGGGCCCAGGACCGUGUGUUCACCCAGAGGAAACUGUGCGAAAGAGUUACCUGCUUGUGAAAGAGUUACCUUCCUGUGAAAAAGAAUCGAUUCAAGUUUGUAGCGAAAUGGUUUGUCAUUGUGAUAUAGAUACCACCAUAACUAACCAGGGCUUUGGUAUAACUAAGACUAUUCAUGUAUCCCCUUUCCUGUAGAAAACUUGAGGUAUACCAUUUAACAUGUUCACUGUGUUCAAUUUGGUAAUCUUUCUCAUAUUACGACAUGAGUACCUCUGUGUACAGUGUUUAUUUUUAAUGUUAUGAAUCCUGUGACUCAUGACGCACAUUAUUUAUAUUCAAUUAGAACAUUAUUGAAUUAUUUAGAUCUAUCCUGUAGUUUGGAGGCUGUGCAUAAACGUAGCAGACAAUGACAGCAGCUGAAAUCGGUUGUGACCAAGGGAUACGAUUGCGCAUGUCCCGAGUCAUGGGUGCCUCAUGGUGCAAACGGGAAAUAACUGUUUAAGCAAAAAGUCAUGUGCGGCAUGAGUCAUCCGUGACUUAUACACAAUUCAUUUCAAUGUUAUAACUUUAAAAUAUACUUUUUGUCUCUUUAUCCACCAAUUCAAUUUUGUAAAAAUAACUAUUAAAAACAUAAGUUCCCCAAAGUAGAGAAGGUCUAGAGAACUGUCACAGGGUUCGCAACUAAAAUUGUACUACGAGUCACCAGUAAACCAUUCCUCAGUGAACGUGUUAAACAAUAUAAUUUAUAACUUGUAGUUAGAAGUAACAAAUGUUCCAAGACUUAAUCAAUUCCAAUUAUGGCUUAGACAUAUCAAAUUUACAAUUAAUAUUAUAAUAUCUGCCAAGUGACUUUCAGUUACCGUAGCUUAAGCUAAGAAAUAAAUAUAUAGCCUACUGCAAUCAUGUAAAUUCUUAUACUUACAUCUACUUAAUGAAAUACUUUUAAGCUUUAAUUGACCUACUUAUAACUGACCUAUAGCUACUCAAUUUCACAACUACCAUAUACUGUACAGGGUGUUCCGAUGCUAUAUAGAAUCAUUUAGAUGAAUAUUCUAGGAUUUAAAAUAAUAUCUUUGAUAAACGCUUAAUAUCUACUAAGGAAUCCCUAGUUAGUAUACAAAAAAGUUAUUUUACUAUUUUGUUUUUGCAAUCAAACUAUAGUUACGCCUUCUUAUAAAAACACAUGAAACGAGGAGGAAGUGUUUUUAUAAAUUUGUAAAACAAGAGUCUUUAUACGUCAACUAGAAUAUUAUCAGCAUUUUGAAAAUUUAAGUAAGGUGAAAAUUACUGAAUCAUUUAGGGUAUUUCAACUAGUAUCCAUGUCUAUUUUAGGUUAGAAAAUUUAUAACUCACUAUUAAAAACAAAGAAAAAAUUACAAGCCAAAAUCAUACAACAGAGUUAGAUGUAUAUCGAACACACUACUGAGUUAGAUAAAACGCAACAAAACACUAUUGUACAAAAUGUGUAAGCACCCUACACACAAGCCCGAGUCAAUCAAGCCAAGCUGCCACUAUGACUAAUUUAUAUUUUUCCUCUAAAAAUACCCUCUAGGUACCAGAGUUUGUAAGUUUCAAUAACUGCUAAGUCUAAUUAACAAAAAACAAAUUUGUAAGCUGAUUUUUUGGGGUGUUUGCACAUAGUUCAAGAAAGAAAAACUACCGCUUUCUACAAUAUGUUUCCAAGAAUCCAUGAAUUCAAAAUAAUUCUUAGCCUGUAGGGAACACUCACUCUAAUAUACCCAAACGAUUGUUAAUAUAAAAGAUUUAAGGAUUCUAUUUUGUAAUAUUUCUAGAAAUUAGAGAGAAUGAAUGUGUUAAUUUAGAUCUUGUGAUAAUUUCCCAAUAAAAUUACUAAUUUUAAGAUAUAAAAUAUGAUAAUAGCAAUAACAAGUUUGUUCAGGGUCCGAUGCUAGCCUUUUCAUUAAUAUCAUACAAUUUUCAUAAAAAUUAGUCUUAGUCAGGUAUUAUAAUGUAGGCUAUGUAGUUAAGGUAUCUUCUGUAUUUGUCUUCCUUGAACUAUACACUGUUACAAUAUAUUUAACCUCUACCAAUUGUUGUUCUUUAAUGUUGUUAUGGUUGGUUAGGUAAUUCAGUUUAAGUUGCUGAUUUGGUUUGAUAGAUGAGGAAUCUAACAGUAAAAAAAGUACUACUUAUAUAAUUGGAAAUGAAUCAUUUAUUCGUUUUAUAACAGUCGGCUGAGUUGAAUCAGGAAGUCGUAACAGUACAAAUUUUACAACUUUCAUAGAUGGAAAUAAAUUAUUCAUUAAUUUUUAACAGCUAGUUGAGUUAAAUCUACAAAGCAAAGAUCUUUGGCAAAGAAUUAUUGAUACCAUAAAAAAGUUUACAUACUCUUUUUAACGUGAAUCAUUGGUUUGAUAUGUUUCCUGAAAUCAAACCUCACCAGUAAUUUUAACUCUUAAGAAGCUGUUCAAAUUACAGUUGUAUUUGGAUUUUACCUUUCCAAAA